UUAAAGAAGAGAAGCAGCUUUCAGAAAAAUCCUUCCGCACAACCCAAGGUAAGCCUCCAUUGCAGACCACCAGUCGCCAAUCCUAACUCCGCCAUCAUGGGUCGCAUGCACAGUCGUGGUAAGGGUAUUUCAGCUUCUGCUCUCCCUUACAAGAGAACUCCUCCUAGUUGGCUCAAGAUCUCCGCUCCAGAUGUUGAGGACAACAUUUGCAAGUUCGCUAAGAAAGGAUUGACCCCUUCACAGAUUGGUGUGAUUCUUCGUGACUCUCAUGGAAUUGCACAAGUAAAGAGUGUUACUGGUAGCAAGAUCUUGCGUAUCCUCAAGGCACACGGGCUUGCACCUGAGAUUCCAGAGGAUUUGUACCACCUGAUUAAGAAGGCUGUUGCCAUUAGGAAGCAUUUGGAGAGGAACAGGAAGGAUAAGGAUUCUAAGUUCCGUUUGAUUUUGGUGGAGAGCAGGAUCCAUCGCCUUGCUCGCUAUUACAAGAAAACAAAAAAGCUCCCACCUGUCUGGAAAUACGAAUCUACCACUGCCAGCACACUUGUGGCAUAGGGUGAGACUUGAGCUGGAGUAGCUUUGGCUGAUCGCAAUAUGUAGUUUUCUUGUGUCAUGAAUUGUUUGCUAAAUCCAAUUUUGUUUGAUUUAAUCAUGCUACUCAAUGGAAGAUAGUUUUCUGGAUAGUAUUUGCUCCUAUUUUUACCAAGUGUUAAGCAUAGAUACUUUUAUUUAGAUAUUCGAAUGAAUGACUUGUUUCUCAA